AAUGGAAACUACAACUUGCGAACUGAACUGUCUUCCUUGAAAGAACGUAAUUUGUAUGCCUUCUACAAUUCGUUGUUCUGUGACGUGGAGUUCACUGUAUUGGACUCGAACGGAGAGCAAGUCACCCUAAAGGCCCACAAGUACGUCCUGGCUAUCGGUAGUCCUGUCUUUGAGGCCAUGUUCUACGGGGAAUUAGCAGAGAUUGGACCAACUAUCGAUCUACCAGACUGCACCAAGGAAGGACUACAAGAAAUGCUUCAUUAUGUGUAUUCAGACGAGGUCAACCUUACGGGAAGCAAUGUCAUGGAUGUUCUAUAUGCUGCCCAAAAGUACAUGAUGCCCUUUCUAGAAAACAAAUGUAGCGAGUAUAUUCAGAAAGAACUCAGACCAGAAGAUGUCUUUAUCGUUUUACCGCAAGCCCAACAAAUGAAAAACGAAAAGGCCGAACUGUGUUGCUGGAAUGUUAUUGACUUUGAAGCCGAAAGAGCCGUGACGUCUGAGCCGUUUCUCGAUAUUUCUCGUGAGYUGCUGAUCCAAGUGCUUGCCAGAGAGACCCUUCAUGUUGAAGAAAUUGAACUUUUUAAAGCAGUUGACAAGUGGGCUUCAAACCAGAUUAAAGACGAGAAGCUAAAGCACGACGGCGCUACUAAACGAGAAGUGCUUGGAGAGGAAGUUAUUCGGCUGGUAAGGUUUCCAAUCAUGUCACACCAUGAGUUUGCACAAUUCGUCAUCGAUAGCAAUAUUUUGGUCCUCGCCGAGACGAACGAAUUUAUAAAGGUCCUUGGCUCUGCAACGACAUCAGAAGCAGUGUUUACUGCUAAGAAAAGAGAUGGACAAUGGAAUGAAAAGUGGUCUCCAAAUAGAUUUCGAAGCAUUAAGGGAAAUGGUAAUGAGGAAGUGAUGAACAAAGGGGUUCAACGACAUUGCAUUCAAAUUCAAGUCAACAAACCCGUCUAUCUGGCUGGUGUUACAUUAUUUGGUGCUCAAUUUCAAGUGCCUAAAAUCAAACUAACAAUUGCUAAGGGAAUGAAGGGUCACGUGUACAACGCAGGUACUAACAACUUCGGCGUCAUUCCUAGCUGUGACACUAGGAAAACGCUUCCUAUGGGCUUUGCGUUUGGGUCAUCUACACCGCCUAGUAUGAGAAUACAAGAGAAUACAAGGGCAUUAAUAUUUGGACAGGGGAGUACCAUUUCAGGUCUUCCCUCCCCUCCCUCACCUGUUUUCAAACAUACCUACGCCGAGCUCACAUUUGAUGGUACUGCAGUGUUAAUAGAUGGUUCAUAUCAUGGAUUUAAGCUGUUGUUUGAGGGACUUCCCAAUCACUCCCCCGUGCCCUUAGAGCCAAAUGAAUGGUACUUUAUUCAAGCAGAACUCAGUGGACAGUGUUCCUCGUUUGCUGGCAGCGAAGGUCAAGAUGCUGUGAAAUGUGAUGAUAUCACUAUCAAGUUUAAGAAUGCUGACCAAAAUUCCACCACAGUACAAACAGGCCAGUUUCCUUCAUUACUUCUUAAAAGAAAAGUACAAUUAUUAUCCCAGGAACCGCGGAGUGUAAUAGACCAGUUUCAAGUUCCAAAUUAGAGUGGUUUUCAUAGAACCCGUGAAAUAAAAUUUAGCCGAUUUUAAAACUUUUAUUAACGCAUAAUAGCGGUUAUUAGCAAGACAAUUGACGUAUUGAUGGGUUGCAAGCAUUCCCAAGAGAGUUAAAACACAAAAACAUGGCGGCCAUUGUGGUACCGUUAACAAUGGAUGCUAAKGAGAAAUCUUUUUUUAAAUGGUACCAACAUGGCCGCGAUGACGUAACGUAAAAACGAAGAAUUCAGUAGAAGUUUAGAGUGAUUUUCAUUAACCCUUGAAACAAAGUGUACUAAUUAGAGUGUACUAGUCACAAAAAGAUGGUAGAAAACAAAAGAAAUAUUGUGAGGCAGUAGUUAAUAUAUAUGCAAGAAUUUUGUUUGGCUUAGAAAGCUUGACACUAGCCGUUUCGUAACAGUGUAAAAAUAACGCUAGUUAUAUUGCAUACGAAAUUAAAAUACUUAUCAUCACAA